GCCAAUCCCCAUCCUCCACGUCAGCUUAUCUCCACCCGGCUGCAGAUUUUAAACUUUCAAACCGCCCAAUAACUCACCCAGUCAACGGUCCAAAGGAUUCGGCAUAUUCCAUUUAAAUUUGUUUCUUUUAUCCUCGAUCGCCGGAAACCCAAUUCUCGAUUUGCCAAAGCUUCACACAUUAGGGUCACAAUUCUGCCCAAUCCGAUGAAACCCAAAUUGGGAUUUUUGGUGUUCGUCUUGGUCGCGGUCUUUUGUUCCAUAGCCGAAUCCAAAUGUAGUAGAGAAUGUGAUGUAGCUUUAGCUUCAUACUACGUGUGGCAGAAUUCAAAUCUCACAACCACAAUCCUAGCUGAACGUUUCCAAUCUACCCUUAAUAUUGACCCUGAAACUAUCGUGAGUUACAACAAGGAAAAGAUAGCCAACAAAGACAGUAUCCAACAGAAUAUAAGUGUCAAUAUUCCAUUCCCAUGUAAAUGUAUCGACGGCGAAUUUCUGGGUUACAUGUUUGAUUACACGGUUCAAUCCGGUGACACCUACAAUAAGUUGGCGCAGCAACUGUAUGCGAACCUGACCACGACUGAGUUGUUGCAGAAGUAUAAUAGCUAUAACGCCAAUAAUAUACCGGAUACGAAUACGAAUUUGAACGUGACAGUAACAUGUUCGUGUGGGGACAGCUCGGUUUCGAAGGAUUUCGGGUUGUUUGUUACAUACCCACUUCGGCCAAAUGACAAUCUGGAGUCGGUAGCGGUGGGGGCUGGUCUUAAUUCAAGUUAUACAACCUUGCUGCAAAAUUACAACCCGGGUGUGAAUUUCAGCCAAGGAAGUGGUGUGGUGUAUAUUCCGGGCAAAGAUCAAAAUGAUACGUAUCCACCCAUGCCUUCAAGCUCAACAGGAUUAGCGGGUGGAGUUAUUGCUGGCAUAGCUAUUGGAGGAGUAGCUGGUGUGGUGUUAUUUGCAGCUUAUAUAUAUCUCAGAUGUUACCGAAAGAAGAAGGUGGUGGAGGCAAGGUUGCCUUUAGCAGCAUCUGAGUAUCUAUCUGCUCAGAAUGGGCAUGGCCAUGGAAACCCCUCCUACAAGGAUGAGGAAUCAACUGGUCCAGCUUCUGGUCUUGCAGGCAUAACAGUUGACAAAUCAGUAGAGUUCUCAUAUGAAGAACUAGCCACAGCUACUGAUGACUUUAGUUUGGCUAAUAAGAUUGGGGAAGGUGGUUUUGGGGCUGUUUAUUAUGCAGAGCUGAGAGCUCCCAUCACUCUAUCUGUGCAGAAAGCGGCGAUCAAGAAAAUGGAUAUGCUCGCAUCCAGAGAAUUUCUUGCCGAAUUAAAUGUUUUAACACGUGUUCAUCACUUGAACCUGGUGCGCUUGAUUGGAUAUUGCGUUGAGAGGUCCCUUUUUGUAGUCUAUGAAUAUAUUGAGAAUGGAAACCUAAGCCAACAUUUGCGUGGCUCAUCAGGGAUGGACCCAUUGCCAUGGUCUACUAGGGUACAAAUUGCCCUUGAUUCAGCCAGAGGUCUUGAAUACAUCCAUGAGCAUACUGUUCCUGUCUAUAUCCAUCGUGAUAUUAAAUCAGCAAAUAUAUUGAUAGACAAGAACUUUCAUGGAAAGGUUGCAGAUUUUGGCUUAACUAAACUGACUGAAGUUGGAGGUUCCUCACUCCCCACCCGUCUUGUGGGAACAUUUGGAUACAUGCCACCCGAAUAUGCUCAGUAUGGAGAUGUUUCUCCCAAAGUAGAUGUAUAUGCUUUUGGGGUUGUCCUUUAUGAACUUAUUUCUGCCAAGGAAGCUGUGGUCAAGCCAAAUUGUUCCGAUGAUGAAUCCAAGGGCCUUGUUGGUUUAUUUGAUGAUGUUCUUAAUCAAUCUGAUCCUGUAGAAGACCUAGGCAAACUAGUUGACCCUCGGCUUGGAGAUGGCUACCCACUCGACUCAGUCCGGAAGGUGGCCCAAAUUGCCAAAGCAUGCACACAAGAGAAUCCGCAACUACGUCCAAGUAUGAGAGCUAUUGUGGUUGCCCUGAUGACACUUUCAUCCACAACUGAGAUUUGGGAUGCUCGCUCCUUCUAUGAAAAUCCAGCUCUUGUCAAUCUCAUGUCGGGAAGGUAGAACCUAGACAGUGCAACCUUACUUGCAUAGCAGGAGUGUUUUUUCUGGUGUGAACAAUGCCAAUAAUAAGCUAUUCCAGACAUCUUCAUUGUAAAUGAUUGAGAGCUAGAGGAGGGUUUGUAAAUUGUAUUUAGUUUAUAGUUAUUGUUUAUGUAUGCCGGAUUAUGUUCAUGUGUCACAUAAAUUUGUGGAGUUCAUUAA